GAAAUCAGUUGCUCACACGCUUUGUCAAGUGAACAGCGAAAGUCGGAUGACUUCAGAAAUGAGAAUAUUUUCAAUUUUAUGCCUUUGCCUGUUGGCGGUUUGGCAGAGUGAGGCCACGUUUGAUCUGGUCGGCAAAGGGCUCUACUAUAUAGGCAAUGAAGAUGGCACUUUAAGAAACUGUGACUGGUUUCUUUCGAGAAGAGACUGCUGGAAGCACAACAGCCAGCUAGUGUCCGUGGAAACGAUCGAGGAGUUAAAGGCGCUCGAGGACUACGUGCUGUCCAAGGGCCUCGCCGAUGGCUGCACCUUUGCCACAUCAGGCCACAGCUUCGACAGUGAAAUGCCCUACUCCUGGGAGGGCGUCAAGCAGCCGCUGACCUUCACCCGCUGGAUGCCCGGUACGGAAAAGCCGCUGUCCAAAAGCUAUCUCAGUCUGGUGCUGUCCAACUCGACAUUGUAUAUGAGGAGAUCUUUCGGGUACGACAACUACUAUAUCUGCGAGUAUCAGCCAGCGCUUCUGCGUCUUUGGCUAUCCCUGAGCACAACGAACUGGAUGGUACUGGCAGGUUCAGUGCUCAUUUCCAUUUGCUGCAUGAUCUUUUUGUGUAGUCGAAAGACAAGAUCGAAGGCAAAAGUAUCUGACAAAGAAAAGCUCAUAUCAACAGCAGAUUCAGUACAAUGUGUACAAUGCACAAUGUGCAUUCAUAAAUGUUCAAAAAUACUCUUUACACACUGAAAAUAAAUUUAAUUUUUAUACCCGAUA